CUGAGGGUCCUCGAGAAAACCCUGCUCCAGCAGUCGAGGCGAAAAUGUCUCAGGACACGUAUUCAUAUGACGUCCCGGAAAAUUGCAUGAACUUCCGGGAGCUGAACGAGGAGGACGGGGUCGACGCUUGGUUUGAUUACAAAGCAGGCCUGUUGAACACCCCCCAUUCAGAUGUGGCCAUGGCAGAGGCAGCGGACCUCCUCCCCAAAUCAGCCUCGUCGAGGGCCAACAUUCCGCGCGCCAUCGUCUCACCGAUGAUGAAAUACGAUGAGGCUCCCAGUGAAAAUCAUGCGCCUGAAGGGACAUACAGGGUGCCACCAAAUUUGGUUGUUUCCAUGGGAGAGUGGCAGGGCAGGGGAAACAACACUGCUCCUCCUAAGAGGGCGCCAGGAAGGGUAGCGAGGAGGCUCUCGGCACAGCGGAAGAAUACCCCGCACCGGCUGGCCACCAAGAACAGAACGGAAAGAUGCGCCAACGCCCUGGCGAACAGAGAAGAUGCUCCUCCUCCAAAGAAACUGAGAAUGUCUGACAGCAGGGAGCAACUGAGAGAAAUUCCUGCGAACCGGAGUGUCUCACCAGCAAAAGCCAAAGCAAAGAGAACGGGGCCCAGCCUGCCAACAACUCCAGAGAGGCAUCCGUCAGCCAAGUUGAAAUCUACUGAGGAGCUGGAGCUGGAACGGAUGCAGCAGUUGCAACAGGAAGUGGCUGAAAUGCGCCGGAAGAACGAGGAGUCCCUCAAAGUUGCCAUUGCUGGCCCAGGGCAACCUGUGAAGAAGACAGUGACCCAGGUAACGAAGCCAGUAGACUUUCACUUCAGCACAGACGACAGGAUUAAACAGCACGGUGAAAGCCAGCCUGGGACAGACUACAAGGAAGUGGAUUUUGCAGCUCUCCUGAGGAAACACCCGCCCUCUCCAGCUCGCGUGGGGAAGGGAGCCACGGUCCCCAAGCCCUUCAAUCUGUCCCAGGGCAACAAACGGAAGCACGAAGCGACCGUCCCGGAGUUUGUGUCCUUGGCUCAGCAGAUUGAGAAGUUCCAGAGAAACACGCCCUCUCGUUACCAUCUGCGGAGCAGGAAGGAGGAGGAAGCACCUCCGAGGAGGCCCCUGAAGGCCGUGCUGACCAACCCCAAAACCCCCCGCCUGGAAACCAAGAAUCGCUCGAGAGGCGUCACUUGCAAGAGUUUGGCAGAGCAGGAGGAGGAGGAGCUCGCGGCUAUCCAACAGUACAAGUUUAAGGCUCAAGAGCUCGACCCCCGGAUCCUGGAGGCUGGGCCCAUCUUGCCCAAGAGGCCCCCGGCGAAAGAGCCCACCAAGCCCAUCGGGUUCGACCUGGAGAUCGAGAAGCGGAUCCAAGAGCGCGAGAGCAGGAAGCCGCAGGCGGAGGAGCCCUUCGAAUUCCACUCCAGGCCGUGUCCCACCAGGAUCCUAGAGGAAGUUGUGGGUGUCCCAGAGAAAAAGCCACUUCCCAUCACAAUUCCCAAGUCCCCAGCAUUUGCGCUCAGGAACAAAGUCAGUACCCUGGCCAAAGAAGAGGAGAAGGAGAAGGAGGAGGAGGCGGUGGCCCUGGUGAUCAAAGCCAAGCCCAUGCCUCACUUCGGAGUGCCCUUCAAGCCCAAAGCCGUCGAGCCCCGGCAGGUGGAGGUGUGCCCCUUUUCCUUUGACUCCCGGGACAGAGAGAGGCUGCUCCAGAAAGAGAAGAAGAUCGAAGAGCUUCAGAAAGGAGAGGUGCCGAAAUUCAGAGCACACCCCGUCCCUCAGUUCGACCACGUCAGUCUGCCGGAGAAGAAGGUGAAGAGCACCACCAAGCCCGAGCCCUUCCAGUUCCACAUCGACCAGCGAGGGACCCUGAAGCAGGAGCUGUGGCGGCAGCAGCUCAAGGCGGAGCUGAAGCAGCAGAAGGAAGCCGCCUCGUUCAAGGCUCAUCCCAGCACCGUGGUCCAUCAGGAGCCCUUCAUGCCCAAGAAGGAGUGCAAGGCUCUCUCAGGUGAGGCGGGCUUGUUCUGGGUGGCCCCGCUUAAAGCCGAGCUGGUGCACAAAGCCAACCCGAUCCGUAGGUACCAGAACGUGGAAGUCAAGCCUAGCGAUCAGCCCCUGACAGUACCAAAGUCUCCCGACUUUUCGGAGCGGUUUCGGUGCUGAUGGGCGGCCCGACCAUCUGGAGUUUCACCUGCACGGAGGAAGGAGUGACGUUUCCUUCUAACCUUCCAGUUGCUUCUGAACUGGGACUCCUCAGACUCUGGUCUUCCGAAACCACGACCCCCCCCCCCCUUCGUAGCUUAAGUUCCUGGCCCAGGACUAGACUGGACACUGACCUGACCGCAGAGACUUUGUGUCUUGCUUGUUUUAAAGGAGUUAAUCUGAAAGGGAUUGAGCGAGGUUAUUUGUACUAGUGGAACGCCCCAUAACUAUUGUAUACUU